AGGGCUGACCCUGAACAAAUUCGUGUUCAGCACACGCCCUCAACAUUUUCUUUAUUUUGAAUUCAAUGUUUUAUAUUUAGCCUUUUGAUUCCAGUCAUGCAAUUCAAUUCUGCUAAACACCCAGAAAAGUGCCACUACUACCGCCUUCUUCCGGAUUCAGAGAAGAAAAAUGAAGAAUCACUGCACGAGGAGGCAUCUCAAGUUAAAUCUCGAAAACAGAAGCCAGUUAGACUAUGUGAUCCUGUUAAUAGAAAGGAUCGUUUCAAUAGAUAUGCUCUUUCGGCUGCCAUUUUGGCUUCCACAAACUCUAUUCUAUUGGGCUAUGAUAUUGGGGUAAUGAGUGGCGCAGUUCUUUACAUCAGGGACAACCUCAAGAUCACAUCAAUUCAAGUUGAGAUCUUGGUUGGUUCCCUGAAUGUAUGUUCAUUGAUCGGUUCACUUGCAGCCGGUAAGACUUCUGAUUGUAUAGGAAGGCGUUACACCAUUGUCCUUGCAGCAGCCACAUUUCUGAUGGGUGCAUUACUAAUGGGAUUUGCACCAUCUUUCUCGUUCCUUAUGGCUGGAAGAUUAGUGGCAGGCAUCGGAGUUGGCUACUCCCUCAUGAUAGCUCCGGUUUACACAGCAGAGAUCUCUCCUUCCACCGCUCGAGGCUUCCUCUCUUCCCUCCCCGAAGUCUUCAUUAACAUCGGAAUUCUACUGGGUUACAUCUCCAACUACGCUCUAUCAAACCUUCCAGAAAAUAUAAACUGGCGACUGAUGCUUGGAUUUGCAGCAUUGCCUGCAAUUGCUGUUGCAUUGGGUGUCAUGGUGAUGCCAGAGUCCCCUCGAUGGCUCAUCAUGAAAGGCCGGUUUGCGGAAGCAAAACUGGCUUUGAUAAAAACUUCAAACUCUGAAGAGGAAGCUGAAUUCAGACUAACUGAAAUGAUGAAAGCCGCUGAACCUACCUCUUCGUCAAACAAUUGGCGCGGUCAGGCUGUUUGGAAAGAGUUAUUAUUAAGGCCUUCUCGGCCCCUUCGCAGAAUUCUCAUCGCCGCCGUCGGUGUUAAUUUCUUCAUGCAAGCUUCAGGAAAUGACGCUGUUGUUUAUUACAGCCCGGAAGUAUUCAGGAAUGCCGGAAUCAGCAGCAGGAAACAGCUUGUAGGCGUUACAGUUAUCAUGGGAAUUGCCAAGACAUCCUUUGUUUUUAUAUCGGCUCUUUUCUUGGAUAGAUUUGGUAGGCGACCUUUAAUAUUACUGGGCUCUAGUGGGAUGGCUAUCUCAUUAGCUUUACUGGGCCUAGGCUCGAAGUAUCUUGAGCAGUCAAAUGGCAAUCCCGAAUGGGCUAUUGCUUUGUGUGUGGUGGCUGUUUGUGCUGAUGUUUCUUUUUUCUCAAUUGGGCUUGGGCCCGUUACAUGGGUCUACUCAUCGGAGAUAUUUCCGACGAGGUUCCGGGCCCAAGGUUCAAGUCUAGCAAUUUCGGUUAACCGGUUGGUGAGUGGGAUAGUGGCCAUGACAUUUCUAAGCAUUUCAAGGGAGAUAACAUUUGGAGGAAUGUUCUUUGCCCUUGCAGGGAUAAUGGGAGUGGGUACAGUUUUCUUUUAUUUCUUUCUACCUGAAACGAAAGGGAAGAGCUUGGAAGAGAUUGGGGUACUCUUUGAAGACAAUGUCAAUUGAAAUCAAAGAGGAUCUUGCUACUUAGAACAGGCCUUUUCAUUCAUUGAGUUGGAUGUUGUAAGUGAAAAAAUGCUGCAAAGAGAAAGAUUCUUUCUUCUUUU